UGUCCGCAGCAUCCCCCUGCCCGUCGCCUCACCGUCCCCUCACCGCCUCCUCCGAUUGGCCGCUGCCCCUGCACCUGUUCUCCCCCAGCCCGCCAAUCACACGCCCCGGUCGCUGUGCUCCAAGAUGGCGGCUUCCAGUGCUCCUUGCUACACAUCAUAAGCGGUCGAAAGCGAAAUAUUUCCGUCCAGCGGCCGAUUAAACCCAUGAGGGAGCCGAGCGGCCCGGAGCUGUCGACGCUGGUCCCCCGCGGUUUGUUCGUGUGGGUGUCGGAGUGACGGGGGUUGUGUUUUCCGAGUAUGGCCACCGAGAACAGGAUCAAUUUUUGGAGGAGAAACACGAAGGUUCCCGGAAGCGUACAACCAGUCUAUGGAGCACAGCAUCCACCUCUCGACCCGCGAUUGCGACGCACGUAUCCCAAAGACACAAAGCCCAAAUUCAACAAUCUAAAAACAAAAAAGGCCUCUAGCUUCCACGAGUUUGCCCGCAGCACCAACGAUGCUUGGGACAUCGAUGAUGAAGAGGACAAUGAUUUCCUCGGGACCCCCGCCCCAACUUCAUCCCUUUCAUCAGGCCUGCACUCUACGUCUGCACAGAACCAGCAGAGUUGGGCAGGCGACUCGGAGAGCAAGAUGUCACACAGACUGGCCUCUCCUAGCUCAGAACCUCAGGACCUCCAGGAUGUUCAGGAGGAAGACGUGGACCGUGAGAACGUCAAUGGAAAGGUUGUCAAGUCUAAUAGUGAGGCCCACCUCAACACGUCCUCAGUCCGAUCCACGCUGCAGAAGCAGCAGUCUCUCCCAGUUCGUCCCAUCAUCCCACUGGUGGCGCGGAUCUCAGACCAGAAUGCAUCCGGGGCACCUCCCAUGACGGUGCGGGAGAAGAGCCGACUGGACAAAUUCAAGCAGCUGCUUGCCAGUCCCAACACUGAUCUAGAGGAACUCCGGAAGCACAGCUGGUCAGGUAUUCCAAAGGAAGUCCGGCCAAUCACAUGGAGACUUCUCUCUGGCUACCUGCCAGCCAACAAGGACCGCAGAGAGCUGGUGCUAAAAAGGAAGCGAGAAGAAUACUUUGGAUUCAUAGAGCAGUAUUACCACUCCAGAACAGAUGAGCACUACAAGGACACAUACAGACAGAUCCACAUCGACAUUCCAAGAACCAACCCUCUGAUUCCCUUGUUCCAGCAGCCUGUAGUACAAGAGGUGUUUGAGCGUAUCCUCUUUAUCUGGGCCAUCCGUCACCCAGCCAGUGGCUACGUCCAGGGCAUCAAUGACCUAGUCACACCCUUCUUUGUGGUCUUCUUGUCAGAGUUUGUCAUGGAGGAUGUGGAGAACUUUGAGAUGGCAGCGCUGCCUCUGGACACCCAGAGGAACAUCGAGGCUGAUAGCUUCUGGUGCAUGAGUAAGCUGCUGGACGGAAUCCAGGAUAACUACACCUUUGCUCAGCCUGGAAUCCAGAACAAAGUGAAGGCUCUAGAGGAGCUGGUCAGCAGGAUAGAUGAGGACAUUCACAAUCAUUUCAAGAAGUAUGAGGUAGAGUACCUGCAGUUUGCUUUCCGGUGGAUGAACAAUCUGCUGAUGAGGGAGCUGCCUCUUCGUUGCACUAUCCGUCUCUGGGACACCUACCAGGCUGAAUCAGAGGGUUUCUCCCACUUCCACCUGUACGUCUGUGCUGCUUUUCUCAUUGAGUGGCGCAAAGAAAUUCUCUCCAUGGUUGACUUUCAGGGCCUCCUCAUGCUACUGCAGAAUGUUCCCACAAUCCAUUGGGGGAACGAGGAAGUGGGUCUCCUCCUGGCUGAGGCUUAUAGACUGAAGUACAUGUUUGCAGAUGCACCCAGCCACUACAAGAGAUAGACCCAGGGCCUCGUCGUCUCAGCAAACGCAGUACUUUUAAACUUCAAAUCGAACCAGACUGUGACUGCGAGAGACACGCUCCAUUCGGAGAACCUCGGAAAAAAUGAAGUGUCGUCUCUGAGGUAGAGACUGGUGUAUUCAAGUGCAGCUCCAGGAGACAUGUCUGAUGUUUCCUCACAGCCACUGAACUUCUCCUGUGAAUUUCCACUGAACACCAUGGCUCAUGGUGCAGGCAUCGAGCUCAGUACAAUGAGAUUAUUUGCAGUUAUAGUACUGCACUGUAUCAAUGGACUGUUACCAUAACCAUAGCUAUGCCAUUUUGGUGGACCUGUACUGUUGGACAAGCUACACUGAUUGUCUCUCAAGUCGAGCGUACACUGAGCUGUACGUGCUGUAAUAUAAAGGGAUGAUGAAUGUUUGUGAGAUCAUCCUUAAGCGAAAGAUGACUAUUUUUUUUGCAGAUUAGAUGUAGUUGAAGUUUUACAGUGGGAACAUAUUAGGUGCAACCCAGGCAACUAAAACAUCUUGUCAUUUUCUUUUUACAAACAUGUUUAGUCUGACACUGUUGAGCUGUUCUAAAUAAGGACUAAGACAGCUAGUUUGUGGGUAUAUGUUGGGUCAGGGUUACCAAAUCUGCACUGUACAAUCAACCAGUCAGAGUUCAGAGUUUGGGCUCAAUCACUCAAUUGAAUCAGUUUCCACUAACGAUAUGUUGGUUUGUAUUUAGGUCUCAGACCUAAGAGUAGCAAGGUAGGUACUCUGUUUCCUUUCAGGUUCUGUUUUGGUGGAAGGUGGAGAAACUGAUUUGAUAUUAGUUUGUCCCACUGUUUUCUUUUGAGAAUAAAUACGAGGACCUUGUGUUUCAACACUGGUACACUUUGAAAUUGACUGCCUCAGAAGGGAUCAGAAACAUGGGAAGAACUUCAGGUUUGGAACUCAUUCAUAUGUCUGCUGAAAUGGGUCGAAUUUAAUGUUGCAACUGACUUAGAUUAAUCUAAACAUUGUUUCCCUUUCGGCAAAAAUACAAUUUGAGUUAAAGAUUGUAGCACAUAUUAACACUCUUCUAACAGCACAAAACAUGAUCAGUGUUUGUUUUACCUAAAUUUUUAUGCAUAACAAUAAGAGUAGUAUUCUUAUUAAUGAUUGGUAUUCUCACUGUGCAGUAUCAAAUUAAAAUCCUGUGGCCAUUGUAAAAUAAAAAAAAUUGGAAUUGCAGAUAAUAAAAGUCGUUUAGUAUGAUUGUUUAUGGAGAUCUUGAACUGAGGAAGUUCCCCUGUCAAUAUCUGUUGGUACUGAAAGACAUUUAGUGGCACAUUCCUACUGACGGACACAGUGCAGCUGUGCAUUCUUAGCAUACUCCAUCCUGUCAAAGUGUAACAUGGAUAAAUGUUAAUGCUCGUGUUUUUUAUGUGUUUCUGAUUUGGUUUGCUCUUUCCUGUGUUUAUUUGUAACAUCAUUCUUUCGGCGUGUGUGUGUUUUUGUGAGUGUGGUUAGGGGGAGGGUGUUACUAUUACUCAUCUACCUUCAUUACCAGUGAUAAUUAUUAUACAACCCUGUUCAUUGUUGAUCACAACACAUUCAAUUUUGAAGCAUUACAAGUCUUAAUUCGGGUCCAGGAACAGGUCGGGUCACUUUAUGACAUUAUAUUCAGUAAGGAAGACACUGUGAUGCUGAAAACUAAUUACUGAAUUCGAUCAUUUUUAUUUUUGGAAAAGUCUUAACAAUCUUAAACCUGUUUAUAGAUCAUUCAUUCAGUGAGUUUGGCAUUAUUAAUCCACCAGUAAUCUCGUUUUUAUCCACCUUGUUUCAGCUGAAACAUGGUCACAGUUUGCCUUCAGCCUUAACGUUGGUUUUCUUCAUUCAGGUGCACCAACUGAUUGUGUCCCUACAAUGAUGGUAUUGGUCACUCCAUGCUGUGCUUAUGUUAAAGAUCACGUGUCGUCAAGACGCAAUGUCGAUAACUAAAGGCCGACAAAAACUGAGAACUUGCUGAUUUGUACCAAGAAGUGUUUGUGCUGUUUCAACAUUCAUCUUUAUUGGGCCAAUACAAUGUGUUUUAUUAGAGUUCACUGCUGGCUCCAGCCAUGAAUGAAGAAAAAAUAAAAUGAUUACAG